AUGGAAAAGAAAAGAAUAAAUACUUACCACUGCCGCUUCUGCAACCACCUCCUGCUGGCAAGCACGCACCGCAUCUCCUCCCUCCCGCGCCGCAAAGAGCCAUGUCGCGACCGCGCCUACAUCCUACCUCUUAACGACGACGAGCAAGACGAGCAAGACGAGCAACAAGACCAGCAAGAAGAGCAAGCCGAUGAUAAGAAGGAGAAAAGGACAGAAUAUACGAUCCUCCUGUCGACCGCCAUCCCGGAGAGGAAGGCGACCAUGGUCCGGCGCGAGGACGGGUUCGAGCGCCGCGUGCUGGUCCGGUGCGGUCGGUGUCGCGUCUGUGUCGGGUACUUUCUUGACCCGAUGCAUUUCAAACGAGUCCACAGGGAAGAAGAGGAGGAGCGGGAUACGGAAAAUGCCCGGGUGGUUUAUCUCCUGCCUGGGUCGGUGGUUGACACGGAGGGAAUGGGGGGUGCAGAGACCAAGGCUGAGUGGUUGGGAUGGACUGAUUGA